AUGAAGGUGCAAAUACGGCUCCGGGCGCCAAACGGCAUGGUUCGCCUCGAGGUCGAUCAGGAGUCCAGCUUAGCUGAUCUCGUCGAGCUCAUCAAAGAGAAGACCGAGGUCAAGAGCUUUUCCUUGAAAUAUGGCUGGCCAUUGAGAGCCCUGGAACUCAGCUCCUCCUCGCUGCAAACCGCUGUGCGAGACCUGAACUUGAGAGGGGAGACCAUCGUGGUUGUUCCCCUGGAGACGUCAUCGCCCCAAGUGGCGACAGCCCCGUCACCGCAGCCAUCGAGCGCGGUCGCUGAGCCGAAGGAAAAGCCAUUCCAGGCUAGACCUAUGGAACCGGAUGAGACUGUUGUCGAAUGGCAGGCGAGAGGGGGUUUCGUUGUACUCCGGGUCAUGCCCGACGAUAACAGCUGCAUGUUCACUGCUUUCGGGGGAGCCAUUGCCCUGGACGAUCCCGCCAGACAUCUGCGCCAGAAGGUCGCCGAAUACAUCAUGGCCCACCCUGAAAAGUACAGCAAGGUCAUCCUCGGCGACGACCCGGCCCGGUACACCCACCGGAUGAAGCAGUCGGACACAUGGGGCGGCGCUAUCGAACUGAGUAUCCUAUCGGAUAUCUACGACAUCGAGAUAUGUUCCAUCGACGUCAAGUCCCUCCGAGUCGACAAGUUCGGCGAGAACAAGAGUACCCGCUGCAUCAUCCUCUACUCGGGCAUCCACUACGACCGGAUAGCAUUCAGCAUGGACCUGAGCUACCCAGCCGAGGUCGACGUGACCAAGUGGGCGACCGACGACGACGAGAUGCUCGACAAGGCCCGGGAGCUGGCCCAGAAGCUCAACCGCCUGCACUACUACACCGACACCAGCGACUUCGUCAUCAAGUGCGAGGACUGCGACUGGAUCGGCCAGGGCACCAGGGACGCCGCCGAGCACGAGCGCAAGACUGGGCAUGUUCGCUUCGGCGAGAUGACCAUCAAGUAG